AUGGCCGCCCGCUGGAGCAAACGGCGGCUCACCAUCAGUCUCCUCCUCUCUGGCAUCUUCGGCAUCCUCUACUACCAGUCCAAACAGCACAUUGUUUCGCCAUGGGGUAAUGUGCUGCCACCCGGCUCGGCGCCCCUGCCGCACCCGGAAGAGGCCAAUGGCGGCGCCACAACACCCGUUACCCCGGUGGACGACGGCAAGUUCCACUGGUCACAGGUCGAGCUGCAGCACCCGAUCCCGGUCGAGUCGAUGCGGCCGGUGCCCUCGCCCAACACCGUGACCCUCAAGGGCAUCCCCAAGAUCCAGCACAGCUUCAAGACGGAGUCGGCGGCCGCCCGGGAAGUGCGCCUGGCGCGCCUCGAGCUCGUGCGGGCCAACUUUACACACGCGUGGAACGGCUACAAGACGCACGCAUGGAUGGGCGACGAGGUGCGGCCGCUCAAGGGCACGCCCGUCAGCAAGUUUGGCGGCUGGGCCGCGACGCUGGUGGACACGCUGGACACGCUGUGGAUCAUGGGCCUGCACGCCGAGUUCCAAAACGCCGUCAACGCGGUCGACCAGAUUGACUUUUCGACGACCAACCUGGACCAGGUGAAUGUGUUUGAGACGACGAUCCGCUACCUGGGCGGCUUUCUGGCGGCGUACGACCUCAGCGACGGCCAAUAUCCGUCCCUCCUGGCCAAGGCGACGGAGCUGGGCGACAUGCUGUACCUGGCCUUUGACACGCCCAACCAUGUGGUGGUGACGCGGUGGAAGAUGAACGACCGGCGCAAGGGCAUCUCGCAGACGCCGCACCGGUCGUCGCUGGUCUCGGAGCUGGGCUCGCUGUCGCUCGAGUUCACGCGCCUGUCGCAGCUCACGGGCAAUCCCAAGUACUACGACGCCGUCCAGCGCAUCAUGGACCUGUUCGAGGCGCAGCAGGACCGCACGCACCUGCCCGGCCUGUGGCCCGUCGUCGUCAACGCCGAGGCCGCCGACUUCACGGGCGGCACCGGCUUUACGAUUGGCGGCAUGGCUGACUCGCUCUACGAGUACCUGCCCAAGCAGUUUCUGCUGCUGGGCGGCGCCGUCCCCGCAUACCGCACCAUGUACCUGAAGGCGCUGGCCGCCAUGAGCGAGCACCUCUUCUUCCGCCCGCUCACCAAGUCGGCCAAGCCCCUCCUGUUCCCGGGCGACAAGAACACCAACGGCAAGCUGCCCGCCGACACCGUGCGCACGCUGCCCAAGGUGCAGCACCUGGGCUGCUUUGCGGGCGGCAUGGUCGGCCUCGCCGCGCGCCUGUUUGACCGCCCGGCCGACAUGGCCGUGGCCGAGCAGCUCGUCGAGGGCUGCCUGUGGGCCUACGAGUCCGCCCCCUUUGGCAUCAUGCCCGAAAUCAUGUCCGUCGCCCACUGCGCCACGGGCGCCGCCAGCACGCCGUGCGUCUGGGACGAGAAGACGUGGCUCGGCGAGGUCGCCGCCAAGCAGCGCCCCGGCGGGCCCAAGAAGAACGGCGACGCCGACAGUUUCAACGUGGCCAAGGUCGUCGACGACCAGCGCCUCGUGCCGGGCGUGCUGCGCUACGAAGACCGGCGCUACAUUCUGCGGCCCGAGGCGAUUGAGAGCGUCUUCAUCCUGUACCGCCUGACGGGCGACGCCACGCUCAUGGACCGCGCCUGGGGCAUGUUCGAGUCCAUUGUCAAGGUGACGCAGACGAGCAUCGCCCACACGGCCGUCGACGACUGCACGCAGCCCCUCGAGACGUGGGCCGACAGCAUGGAGAGCUUCUGGCUGGCCGAGACGCUCAAGUACUUUUACCUCAUCUUUGAGGACCCCCAGGUCGUCAGCCUCGACACGUACGUGCUCAACACCGAGGCGCACCCCCUGCGGCGGCCAGCAUAG